AUAUGUUAUCAGUGAGAAAUUAACAGAUGGCUAAUACAGUUUUCUGUACAAAAAUUCACUUGUUUAGGAUUCGAAGAAACCUUGCAUCCGUGUUGUGGGCGUUAUCAAGGAGACUCGAUCAAGGCCUUGCAAAAUGAAGUUCACAAUGCUAGCUUGUGCUUUUGGAGCUAUUUUUAUGCAGGCUUUAUUUGUUCUGAGUGAAGGUAACCCUUGCAAUGAUUACGUUGACGGAAUAUUGCGAGAUCUUAAGGACGACAAAGAAUACUUCCAAGAUCCUUACAUCAUUCCUGAAAAAUCAAUUGAAGUCCAUAAGAAGCUAAUUUUCGUAAACUACACGGGCGAAGCAAGCAUACACGAUGGAUAUAUCUUUGGAAUGUCAUCGUUACAUCGUGAUGGUGAUGUCAUAGUUGACAGAAAAAAGAGCACUCAUCUAAAAAUCUAUCUUGGAGCUGGAGAACUGAAGCUGCAAUGUAGCGGUAAAAUUAAACUCAUGGGCCAUGGACCUGAAGUGAAAAUUGAGGCAAAAAUUGCAUAUGUCAACAUGAAAUUGGACAUUGUACCCACAAGCAAUGGAACCAAUCCUAAGAUUUCAAAUUUCAAGAUUGAGGACGUCAAAGGUGCUGAAGUGAAAGUAUCGAAGAUGGGCCCACUGAACUUCUUCCUAAAUUCGUACAUAAAAGUCAUUGGUCAUCUUUUCAGAGGUUUGAUCAAGCUUGGAAUUGAAGGAAGAUUGAAAACAUUUAUGGAUAAGAAGUUGAAGAAAUAUAUUAUUCCCGACGAAUGUCUUGCUGAAGCAUUUUUUUAAACGGAUUUAUGUAAUGAUAUCAAAAUUUGAAUAAACUUAUUUGCACAUCUUUA